GUAUCCGUGGGGAAGAGAAUCCUUCAAUUUGACCAUGCGUAUGGUUAAAGUUGGGUCGAGGGUAGAAACAGUUGAAUCACUUGUGGCGAAGAUGAAACAGUCUCACGUUGCAACCCACGGGUUCAUUUUGGCGCUUCAACUACAUAUUCUCCAUUGCAUCCCACUAUUGGAGACCUAUCUUCCCGACUCUGACGAUGAACAAACAUUCACCGACCGGUCUGUAUUCCAACUGGCGAAACUGAAAUCAUUCCACAAUUCUAACAUCUUGGAAGCCGAAAACAAUCCGGAGUUAGAAGUCUACGCCAUCCUAGAGACAGAACAGCCUAUUGAUGAAUCUCUAUACGCAUGGGAAGACGAAGUCGUAGACCCGGGGGUAGAAUAUGUAAUGAGCCUUAUAGAGAAAGGUGUCACGAUUGGGAAAGAAGUCUGGCAUGGUGGACAUGAUAGUCUACCACUAAUGUCCAUCCCUGCUCCGAAAAUCGUGAAAAAAGAUAAAAAGGUUAAAAUCCCUAAGAAGAGUGUGAGGAAAGAAGAGGUAGUAGAGGACGAAGAGGAAGAUUGCAACAACGGAGAUGAUGAUGUGGUCGGAGAGGAAGCUAAGGCCGGCGGAUUGGAUGCCAAAUUCCUUGCAAUACUGGAAAGGAAACUGAAAGACCACAAGAAGGAGAUCCUGUCUACUGUGGACCAAAAAAUUCUUACUUUGCAAGCUGAAAUAUUGGGAAAACAAGAGAGGGGGGGUGGACGACAGUUUGGGAAUGUUGGAAUUAAGAAGUGUGGCGGUAAAAAGUAUGAUAAAGCGGAGGGUAAAAAGAUCCAAGCGUGUCUCACCCGAAAGCGAGAAGGAAUUCGUUUUAAGAAAAAGAAAGAGGUUAUCGAGGACAAUAGUCAGGUAGAUGUGGAUGACUACUUUGGAGUUAAUCAGGUACUUGAAAACCUGAAAGACGAUAAGGGUGGACCGUCCGUUGCCGCAGAUGAAGAUAAGAAUGAAGAUGAGCCCAUUCUUAAAGCUGGAGUCGAAAAUGUAUUUCAGACUGUAAACGAGACUGAGCUACAAGAUGAUAGAAGCUUUUAUAAAGAGGUCUCUGCGAUGGAGUAUGAAGGAGGAAAGUGUGGAGGCGAGAAAAUGGACGAAGAUGAUGCGGUGGAGAAGCCAGAUGAUGCCGAUGUAGACAACCAAGGUGUGGAUGAAAAAGAUAAAGGAACUUCGGGUUCAACCGAUGGCGAUGAAACUGAUGGGGAGGACGGGGACGAAAUCUAUGGAGUUUCAGAAGAAAAGGAGGAUGACAAUAAUCCGGUGCAGGGUUCUGUGGACAUUAACACAGAACAUGUCGCACAUGUGUUCAUCGAAAACGAUGAACAAACUGUAGACAAAUCUGGUGCUGAAGUAACGGUGGACAAAAUGAAAACAACUUCCGGUGAAGAAAAAGAGGAUAAGGAAGAUGUGGACAUAAUCGCAGAAGUCAUCAAGCCAUUGUCCACAGAAAACACAGAACAUACUGUAGACAAUUCUGGUUUUGAAGAGAGGGUGGAGAAAACCAUUAUAUCUGCCGAAGAGAAGUCCACCGAUGCUGAUGAAGGUGUGGACGUCACUAAUUCAACUUGCGAUGAAGGAAAAGAGAAACCUGCAACGAAUCUUGUAACCAUUUCUUUGUCCACGAUUUUCGCCUUCUGCACCACGGGGUCCACAGCUGAACCUAUCUCUUUGGGAGGACCAACGGAGCUUGAUGUCAUCAAGACUAGAGAGCUCGAGAAGCACUUGCAAGAUGUUGGAUUGUACGAGAGUAAGGAGGAAGCUGUUAGAAGGGAGGAGGUUCUGGGGAUACUAGAUCAGAUUGUAAAAACAUGGAUUAAAACAAUCAGCCGCGCCAAAGGGUUGAAUGAUGAGCUGCUUCAUGUGGCGAAUGCGAAGAUAUUUACUUUCGGUUCUUAUCGACUAGGGGUACAUGGACCUGGUGCUGAUAUAGACACUUUAUGUGUGGGACCUAGACAUGCAACUAGAGAAGGUGAUUUCUUUGGUGAGCUACAAAGGAUGCUGUCAGAAAUGCCUGAAGUAACCGAACUGCACCCCGUGCCUGAUGCUCAUGUUCCAUUGAUGGGAUUCAAACUUAAUGGAGUUUCGAUAGAUCUCCUUUAUGCACAACUUCCACUCUGGGUUAUACCUGAGGACUUAGAUAUAUCACAGGACUCCAUUCUACAGAAUGCUGAUGAGCAAACUGUUCGAAGCCUCAACGGUUGUAGAGUUACUGACCAAAUCUUGCGUCUGGUUCCAAACAUUCAGAAUUUCAGGACAACAUUAAGAUGCAUGCGAUUUUGGGCCAAACGACGUGGAGUAUACUCUAAUGUCUCGGGAUUUCUUGGUGGUAUAAACUGGGCAUUGCUUGUAGCUCGGAUAUGUCAACUUUAUCCUAACGCCCUCCCAAACAUGUUAGCGUCUCGGUUCUUUAGGGUCUACAAUCAAUGGCGUUGGCCGAAUCCCGUUCUUCUUUGUUCUAUGGAUGAAGGAUCCUUCGGUCUUCAAGUUUGGGAUCCUAGAAGAAACCCAAAGGACCGGUUGCAUAUAAUGCCCAUCAUUACUCCCGCUUAUCCUUGUAUGAACUCCAGUUACAAUGUCUCUGCAAGUACAUUGCGGAUUAUGACAGGAGAGUUUCAGAGAGGAAAAGAAAUAUGUGAGGCUAUGGAAGCAAACAAAGCUGAUUGGGAUACCCUUUUUGAGCCAUUUGCAUUCUUUGAAGCGUAUAAAAACUAUCUUCAGAUAGACAUUUCCGCUGCAAAUGUCGAUGAUCUAAGAAAAUGGAAAGGCUGGGUUGAGUCACGCCUCCGCCAGCUCACACUGAAGAUCGAGAGACAUACUUAUGAUAUGCUUCAGUGCCACCCUCAUCCCCAUGAUUUUCAAGACGCAUCCCGGCCACUCCAUUGCUCUUACUUCAUGGGUCUGCAACGUAAACAAGGAGUUCCAGCAGCAGAAGGCGAGCAAUUUGAUAUCAGAAGAACCGUUGAGGAGUUUAAACACACUGUCAACGCUUACACAUUGUGGAUUCCCGGGAUGGAGAUUAGUGUCAGCCAUAUAAAACGGAGAAGCUUACCUAAUUAUGUGUUUCCUGGUGGAGUUAGACCUUCACAUACCUCUAAAGGAACAUGGGACAGCAAUCGCCGUUCAGAGCACAGAAAUUCUUCUACAUCAAGUGCACUAGCUGCUACUACUACCCCUACUGAAAUGAGUUCUGAAAGUAAAGCUGGUUCUAACAGUCCAGUUGAUGGGAAGAAGAGAAAAUGGGGAGAUAAUGAAACACUCACCGAUCAGCUAAGGAACUCUAAACACAUUGCUGUUUCAGUGCCUGUAGAGAAUUGUGAAGGCGGGAGUCCAAAUCCAUCUGUUGGAUCGAUUUGUUCAAGUCCUAUGAAAGAUUAUUGUACAAACGGUAAAUCUGAGCCUAUAAGUAAGGAUCCACCAGAGAAUGUUGUUGCUUUCAGUAAGGAACCAGCAGAGAGUCUUCCGAUAGAAAAGAUAGCCACUCCUCAAGCUCCUAGUCAAGAAACUGAGGAGCUUGAAGAAAGUUUUGAUUUUGGAAAUCAAGUGGUUGAGCAGAUAUCUCAUAAAGUUGCAAUCCUGACUGCUACUGCAACUAUACCUCCAUUCGAAGCUACUUCAAAUGGCUCUGCAUUCCCUAACGAAGCAGUGGAAGAACUUGAGGUUCUUCCCAUGCGACAGCCCGAUGCGGCACAUAGACCUUCAGUACAACAGCGAAAACCGAUAAUCAAAUUGAGCUUCACGUCUCUAGGCAAAACUAAUGGCAAGUAAUAAUGGCUUUUCCCUACAUUGUCAAGAAUCUUAGCACUUACCGAAGUUCGAGAUGUUAAGUUGAGGGGUUCUUGUUACUUUAUGUAAAAGACAAGUCUUAUAUUAUAUGCUUCUCUUAGAUGUUCCAAGUCCUAAAUACUUUGAUCUCAUGUAAAACUCGUUUGGAUAAGAUUAGUAGUGUGUUCUUGUCUAUGGAUCCCAAACACUUUUUCUGUCCUGAACAAAAGUCUGCAUUUUGAGUUCUCUUCACAGAUAAAUAAACGCAUAGCAACAUU